UGCCAUCAACCAUAUUUUAUUAAGUUUGAUAUCAAUUGCUAAAUUUCCCGAGCGAAACUUUGUAGUACUAAACUAACUUCUCUUCUCUGUUUAAAUACAGCUUUCUUUUUGUGUGUUUUGGAAAAGUGGGAACUUUGGAAUCUCUUGUAAGAAAAUAUGAGCACGAAAAAGGAGACCAGGCUACGGAAGUACAUAAAGGUUCCCGUAAAGAUUUUGGUCAAAGCUAGAGACUUGUACAUACAAAGCAUGAAUCAGUUAUCUUCCCAUGACCUUGGCGGCACCAUGUCUUUUGGAAUACCAGUCUGCUCCGUAAGCUCUCUCCCACGAAGUCUAAGCGCAAGCCACUCCCAAAAUUCCGCGAGGGCCAUAGAGGAUCGUGUAGCUCAGCUUGUAAGAUCCGCAUCAGCUAGGAGUACGACCGUUGAUACGUGCCAUGGACCGCCCAUGAAAUUGAGGAAGGCAAAGAGUGUGAGAAGUUGCGAUGAUCAUCACAGGUUUGAGAGAAUUGAUGAGACAAGUCCUUUGAUUAAUUUUGGGAGUAAUCACAAGAUGACUCAAAGGAGUAAGAGUUACAGUGUUGCUAAGUAUACUUACGCGCUCCAGUAACUAUUGUAUGUAAUAUUCCGUUUCUUGUGUGGUUCAGUGAUUGAGUCAUUGGGUCUCUUUAAUUGAUUAAAGAGUGAAACAAAUGCGUGUGUACUGCUUUACCAUAUUGUUGUAAAAGUGAAAACAAAUGUGUCUAACGUAAUGUCGUUUGUAUAAUAUUUUAAACAUUCCAUUUUCUUCCAUAUAUAAUGAAUUAGUCUUCUCUCA